GAAUUAGCCCUACAAGAAAAAAAUUCUGUCUUUACAGAUAGCAAAACUGAGGCAUAUGGGUGGUGUGAUUUGACCAAAACCCUGCAACAAAUUGGUGGUACCCUUGAGACUAAAACUCGAGGUCUGGACCUACAUUCUCUGACUUAAUCAAUAAACAAUUGUUUCUCAUACUGCAAGAAGUCUCUUCAGAACUAUUGCGGAUCCUGCUGUUGCAGGAGUAUGUGACUCGCACAAAACAGAGAAUGCAACCUCAUGGCACACAAAUUGUGCAGUGUUCAGACUGACUGUAUCCAAACAGCCUAGAACUGGCUUCUUAAAAUCUCUAAUACAGAAAAUAUUGCAGGUCCCUCAUGUGUCCCAGCUGUCUGGCUCAGGAGGAAGGGCUGCCUACUGGGAGCUGUUCUCUCUGCAGGCUGUGCCUCCGUGUUUCCAGAUCAGGGUGACCAUGUUAUGGGGCUCCAUAAGCUCGCACUUCAACAUGUGGUAUGUGGUUGGCUCUCUUGCAGAUGUGCAGGGCUGUGAAUGUGAAAUUACAUCCAUGAUCCUGGAAUCCAAGGAGCAAAUUGAGCAGUCAGUGAUCGCUGUUGCUAGCUGGCUUGGCCAGCUAAUGGUUGCUGUGGGGCCGGAAGCCAAUCUUGAACGAACUGAGUUCCUCCCAAACACUGUGACCGAGGCAGUCACUGGAGGGGCAGAGAGCUAUAUUGCUGUGCAGAUGGAUAAGAACACAGAGGAACUCCUGGACCUGCAGUGCCAGAGCUUGUCUUCAGGAAAGCAGCUGGCAGAGGAAGUCCGAAGACAGCUCCUUUCAGUUGGAAGCUCUCUGCAGUGUUUUAUGGAGAAAUGCAAAAUAUUCUGGAGAGGGAAAGAUUUCCAGCUCGUCGACAUGGUCAGGCGACACUCGAGACCUGAGUACUGGUUCCUCAGCUUUCUGAUUGGUAGCCUGUCCAGGGAACUCUUAGACUUUACUGCCCUUGCUGAUAAUCACCCUUCAAAAGAGUUUGGUGCUGCUGCUGCCAUCGUCACAACCUUGGGAGAUGUUUAUGAAUACGUGGACAUCCCCCUGGACUGGUGGCAUGCGAACAGACACUGUGAACAACGCUUUGCGCAGCUACUCUUUGAGAUCCAGGACAGCAAGCUGGCUUCGGUCAGAAAACUGCUGCGCUCCCUGCAAGUGCAAAGCUCUGUCUGGUUAGCCGAGAGGGAGGCAUUCCUGCGGAAGCACAAACAGAGACGAAUUCACAGAGCACCAAUCCUGGUGUUCAGAAACAAAACGGACACUAAGUAUGUGAAGGUGCUGGCCAACUUUCCCGUGAUGCCUGCUGUCACCGCCUGUGCCCACAUCCAGUGGGACAAAAAGACCCAGGAGAUUUCCACCAUCUUCUCCUAUGCCGUCCCUGCUUUCAUUAAUGAGUUCCAGCUGCGCGGCUUUGUUGAUGAGGAAGGGUUUGUACGAUUUGCAAUCAUCGUCCACGGACACCACUCCCCGUACCUGCCCAUGUUCCGCAGCGAUGGGCAGUGGCAUCACUUCUGUGUCACCUGGCAGCAGCAGAACGGGACAUGGGCCAUCUACGCCGACGGGAAGAAGAAGGCCUCUGCCGCUGGAUUGUGUGCUGCAGGGCCGCUGGCCAGCCAGGCUAUUUACGAUCAUGGAACUUUCAUUAUUGGGCAAGACCAGGAUUCACUAGGGGGCACCUUCAAGGAGAAAGAGUCCUUCAGUGGGAACAUCACUGACCUGAACGUGUGGCGGACAGUCCUUAGCGAAGAGCAGAUAGAGAGAGUCCGGUCGUGCUGCCUGGUAGACCAUGAGCUUAUCUUCGGGUGGGGCAGUUACACUUUGGAGAUUGAGCCCACUGUACAAGAAGUGACAGCGCAGUUUCUUUGCCCAGGGCCUGUGGAGCAAUGCAGAGUUCUGGACAUUGGCAGUGGUGGAGCCAGUGACACUUCUUGUUUGCAUUCCUUACCUUUCGUCUGCCAUUACAAGAAGGAUGUGUAUUUACUCCUGAAGAAAACCCAGUCAGAAUCCAACCCGCCCCUGAUCAGUCGGGUUAAUACCCUCGUAAAUGCUACCGUGAUUCCUGAGAAUGUUUUCUUGGGCGAUGUUAGAGACGUGAACAUCUCGGCAGCUGUCAAUGUUCUCCAUGCUCUGACGAGCGUCCUGCGGGAGGAGGAGACCCCAGUGAAGCCAGCUGACCUGCUUGGCGUGGUCCAGUUUCUAAAGCAAGUUUCAGACAUUGAAGUCCAGGAGCAGGAACAGCUGGAGAUGCUGGAGCAGCUGAGUCAGUAUUACGUGGAAGUGAUUGGACUGAUCCUGGAGGAGCAAAAUACUGACCAGUGGUCAGAAAUCAGCCAGAUUAUCAGAGGGCCUAUGACUGUUGUAGAGAACAUGGAUAGGAUGGCUUCAAACCUAGACCAACUUCUGACUGCAGAAAGGACAAAGAUAGCGAUCCAGUACAGGAACAUCGGGAUCGAAGUCAGGAAGAUGGAGCUCAGCCGGCAGGAGCCCAGCAGUGACGUGUAUCUCAUCCAAAGCCAGGAGGCAAGCGGGCCUGACCUCAUAGAAGUUCCCCCUGAAGAAGUAGAAAGACUUAAAGCCAAAGGUCUUAGCACAGUCACUGCGAUCAACACGUGGUACGGCUACUCCUCCCUCCAGUGUUUCCUCCCGGGGAGCAGCACCGUGUUCCAGGACGUGGCCGCGUCUGACGGAGGACGGCGGUAUCUGAGCACACAGGUGGGCUCCGCCAUUAUUUCAUCCUCUCUACGCAGCGACUACCAGGAGAUCAGCACAUCUGUACGCUAUCGCCUGCAGCACCGCAUCCAGGACCUGCCUGACAAGCUUGUGGAACCGAUCUGCGCUUUCUGGAACUUCAGCAUCAGCCCAGACACCGGGGGAAUGUGGUCCACUCUAGGCUGCUCCAUCAUAGUGUCUCACCUAGAAUCCACAGGCUGCUUCUGCAACCACACCACCAACUUUGCAGUGCUGUUGCAGGUGUAUGAAGUGCAGAGGAGCUUGGAGGAGGAGCUGACUCUGAAGACCCUGACGUUUAUUGGAUGUGGAGUUUCCUUCUGUGCCCUGAUUGUUACAUUCAUUUUAUUCCUGGCAGUCGGUGUUCCUAAGAGCGAACGAACAACCGUGCACAAGAAUCUGAUCUUUGCUUUAGCUGCAGCUGAAGCUCUGCUCAUGUUUAGUGAAUUGGCCAAAACCAACCAGAUACUAUGCUUUGCUGUCACAGCUUUCCUCCACCUCUUCUUCAUGGCAGCCUUUUCUUGGAUGCUGGUAGAAGGGCUUCUCCUGUGGAGCAAAGUGGUUGCCGUCAACAUGAGUGAAGACAGGAGAAUGAAGUUUUACUAUGUGACUGGCUGGGGCCUGCCAGUCGUUAUUGUUGGUGCGACUCUGGCAACUUCCUUUAACAAGUACGUGGCAGACAAUCAUUGCUGGCUGAAUGUUCAGACCGAUAUCAUCUGGGCGUUCGUUGGGCCAGUUCUCUUUGUUCUGAUGGUAAAUACCUUCGUGCUGUUCCGGGUGGUGAUGGUCACAGUGUCCAGUGCACGGAGGAGAUCAAAGAUGCUGACCCCCAGCAGCAGCCUGGAGAAACAGAUUGGAAUCCAGAUAUGGGCCACAGCCAAGCCCAUCUUGGUGCUGCUGCCAGUCCUGGGCCUGACGUGGGUGUGCGGGAUCCUAGUUCACCUCAGCAUCAUCUGGGCUCAUGUCUUCAUCGUACUGAACUCCCUCCAGGGCUUUUACAUCUUCCUGGUCUAUGCAAUCUAUAACAGUGAGGUGAGGAACGCCAUACAGAGGAUGAAGGAGAAGAAGAAAGCUCUCUCGUUCACAAACUGUUCUCAUCCCAUCAAUUAUCUGUCAAGUCCAAGAAAUACAACUUCCUGGGAGACUAAGCUGAGUCCUUCUGCGGCCGAGAGCGCCGUGUCCUGCCCUGUGCAGAAAGAUCCCCCACUGAAGAACAUUACCAACAAAGGAAACUUUGGUGCUAAAAUUCCUAUGGGGAUUUCCUCAAUGAUGUCACCAGAGAGACCGGCUGUAGAGCUGACAGCGUUCAAAUCCUCAGGGUUCUGAGAGGAGCUUUUCCAGGUGACGCCCAGCCCCCCCCCCCAAGCUCUCCAAACAGAAGGCAGGUCCAUGGAAGCCGGGCGCAGCGGCCAUCUUGAGUUCCUCCUGGAGAGCCACAGCGUCCCACAUCGUUGAACUUGUGUUUUUUUUUAAUUUCUGGCACGUGCAGCUAAAACCAAGGCAGGCCUGGGGCAUCCUGCCAGGCAGGAGGAGUCCUGACUUGCUCCUCACUGACCAUUCAUACGUGACCUGCUUCCCUUGUACCUGGUGUUAGCCCUUCUGCCAUGGGCGGCAGCCACUCCGCUCUGGGCCUUGGUUAGGUAGCACCGUGCUGCUCUGCUAGUCUGCCAUUAAACUGGGAGGGACAAACUUGGAAAGGUUCAGCUAAAACACCCACCAGAAAGGCGUUUUUCCCAACUGUGAUUGGAACUCUGUUGAUCUGGUGAGGCUAGUGAGCAGAGCUACUCUCCAGUCCCCGGCCGGCUGGGUCGUGUCCCCCAACGAGAGGUGGGAUUGCAGCCCCUUUCCUCACUUGGUGCAUGCCCACUGAGUAAUCAGAGAACUGGAAGGGCCUUGAGAAGUCACCAAGUCCAGCCCCUUGCACUGAAACAAGACUACACCAAGCUAGCUGUGCUACUGCCCCACUUCCCAGCCAGCUGCUAGCUCUGCCAGCUUUCCCAGCCUCCCAACUCUUGCCUGAUAAAACAGCUAAAGCUCAUAGGAUUUCCAUACAGGGGCAAAAGCUUAAGUGAUUCAUUCCAUGAAAAUACCAUGCAGGGCUCUGGAGAGGCUGAAGGCUCAACAUGAGACGAUUAGAGGGAGGUGGCACGUCGUGAAAUGGUGGGUGUAACAGCAGGACAAACUAGGUGUGUCUAGCUAGAAUAGUAUUGUUUCUGGCUCACUAGCCUGGGCAAGACCCAGUACUUCAAUGUUGGUUCUGUCCUUCAUGCACUAACUGGGCUGGAGGCAAAGGGAAGGAAAAGGUUAUGUGCUCCCCUUACCACUCACUCAUGUCAUGCCUGAGCAUGGCCCAUUAAAAGGCAGCACACAAAGUAGCCCUCGCAAUGCACUAGCCCCCUCAUGUUCUGUACACACAAUAAAACUUUCCCUCCCCUUAACUGCAAUGCUUGUACAUUAGUCUCGCAUUAGCCGGCUUUUUAUUAGUGAUGCUGCUGCUCAACCAGACGUUCUGGGCUUGCUGCAGGAAUCGCUUUGUGAGAGUCUCUGGCCUGUGCCUUGCAGAAGGUCAAACAUGGGCCCCCUGGCCUUACCGGCUAUGAAGGGACUGUAUUGACCACACCUCCCAGGGCCGCGCCAGCCCAUCAGCUCAGCACUGUUUCGCCAGCUCAUGAGUCAGGAACGCAGUAAAGGCUGUACUGCAGUCAAUGGGCUGUAAUAGUGUGUUCCUGAAUUGCUGUACGGGCCCCAGGUUGGUUUGCUAGGCCAGCCCAUUGCUAGAAGGCUGCCACUUCGCUGGCGUCACUUAGCUCACCGAUGUGUGGCCCAAACAAACAGCAGCACUGAAGCCUUGUGGGGGGUCUCCCUGAGACAGCCCCUAUUUUGCUCUAAUCGCAGGGGGCUUUAUGUGCCCCCCCCAACCUCUUCCAUCCCCUUCCUAACAUUGCUACACGACAGUGUGCUUAGCCCCUCAGCGGAUAAACCUCGCCUGCCAGCAGCCACAGCCUGAGCAGAAAACUGCCAGGUAUGUGGGGGCAAAGGCCUAAGCGCUCCCCCCUCCCCACCCCGCCCAGUUAGUGGAGAGCAGGUGAAUGUGUUUGCCAAGACACCCUUGUGCCUGGCCUCUGAGAUGUGUAGGCUGUUGGAGACCAGCAGGGUCCUUUCCUGCUCUGCUGGAAAGCCAGGGGCUUGUAGAGGAAAAACAACAACCCAAACCUGCACGUGCUUUGUCUCUUUGCAUGGCUGGCAUCCAUGAGCAGCCAACACCAUGAACUGCAGACUAGGCCAUGCAAGGGGUGUGCACAGCCAGACCAGCCGAAGUGCUGCAUUGUAAAGGACCGUUUGGCUGCCCACCACUGCCCCCAGCAAAGAAGGCUGAUGCACUGCGAGGCAUAUGUAGUGUUUCCAUCACCCCCCCCUGCAAGGGCUAGACGCGGGGUGCCUGGGAAACAGGCACUCUGAGACAGACUGUAGCUGGGUUGGGGUUUUUUGUUUGUUUGAGGGAGGGCGGGGGUCAUUUUUAAACCAGCUAAUUUUAAUCUCCCUGUAUGCUAGAUUGCUGAACUAUAGUCAUUCCUGCCCUAAAGGGCCGUAACAGCUGUCUAGUGCAGCACUGCUCAGAGGCAGAGGCUGUGUUAUCCGGCUCUCGCUGGGCUUUGCAGCAGAGGGUUGCUGCUCCUGUGUGCUAGGCAUAGAGCACAUGUGCGCUUGGUAUCAGGUUUGCUGAAUAUUAGGGCUGAGUAAAGGCUGAUUUUAAAGA